GGAGUCACCAGAAGCGAGCUCAAGAUGACUAUGAAUAUCUACUAUGAAGUGAUCAGGACACAAGAUGAAGAGCGGUUCUCUCUGUCGUGGCUUGCAGCCACAAAUCCCACUAUUUUUCGGAAUCGCGUGCGAAAGGCGCAUUUGGAGACGAUCCGGGUGGAGAAAAUUUGCGAUGAAAUCCUCAAGGUGCUCAAUACCAGCGAGGAAGAUCCUAAUAAGAGGCUCUCCCUGCAUUUGGCGGCAAAUCUCACUUACGGCACUGUCAAGAUUCACCAGAGAAUGGUGGACAAUAUUUUGGAGGAUGUCACACAAUUCAUGACCAUUCAGACAUUCGUUCAGAACACUUUGAUGCGCCAGGAGAAGCCCAAGAAGUCAAAACCUGCAAAGAAGCGCGGAAAGAAAGCAAAAAGCUCCGGAAGCAAGCAAUGCACGCUUCCAGAUUUUUCAGAGCUUACGGAUCUUUUAGAACCUCCUGUGGAUGAUAGCCAGGACGAUAGUCUCCCAGAAGCCCUGUUCAACACCACAAAUGAUCUCAUAACGCUGCGCGAGGUGGAAUUGUCGACGCACCAUGAAAUUUCGGACAUUGAUGAUGACUUUUUCGGGGAGUUGAACUUGAACUCACAAGAAGCGAGUUUCUUCAAGGAUUUCCUGGACAGGAGCUUCCAGUCUGUUAUCGCGGAUUCCACGUUCACUGUUGAGGCUCCUAAACAUGAGACGCCGUCCAGGGACUCUCCAAUCACUGGACUGACCAUGAUUCCGACGCUUGAGAGUCCGGAAAGUCCUCAAACGCCUCAAACGCAGCAAAGUGUCUUCCAGUAUGAGGAAAUCCCUUUGGUGGCUUCACAGCUUCCGCUUUCUCCGCCAGAUACAGUGUCUGAGGACGAGGAGGAAUUUGUGCCGGCUCGGAAGAGACGCAAGAAAACACUGAAGACAGACAAAGUGAUGAGAAUUUCUGAUACUCAGCAUUUGCACAUGCUGAAGAAUUUCAAAAAGCGCCAGAAGGGAAGAGUUGAGAUUCCUGGCUUCCGAGCGGAUCGUAAUGUCCUGACCAGGCCGUGUCGCAAGAGAAAUGCUGAGCCUCUGAUGGAUCAGUUCAGCAGGAAUUGCAAGAUUCGCUGCCUAGAGGAGGGAUUUGAGGACUUCCUCCUGGACAUUCUCUUCAAGGACUCCGAUCCGAACAAUAACAUGCCCGGAGAGGAAGUGAUGGGGCCGAUUUUGGAGGAUUUCAAUCGGUUUGGCAGAAAGAAAUCGACCAGGAAGCGCCAGAGAGAAUUUCCACUUCCGCCUGCGAUUGAGGAGUUUACUGAACCGCCUCCAGUUCCCAGGGAUUUCCAGGAAAUCCCGCAGGAGCACCGAGAGACAGACUGGACGCUGCAGAGCACUCUGGCCAAGCUCCAGACGCACUGGAACAUGCGAGACGUGCUCGUCUCGCCGGCUGUGCUGCUGAAUGGCGUGGUGGCCAGGAAGGAUGCCGCCCGCGCAUUUAUGUCCAUCCUACAGCUGGUGAAGCUCAAGAUGGUGAAGCUGCACAGCUCGGAUGACAGUCUGGAGAUCAGAUACAUCUCGCCUGGCCAAUAA